AGGUGGUCGCGCGUGUAGAUUAAUAAAUCUCAUACACCCACCAAUACUCUUGAUGCUGUUCGUCGAACGCUUUUCGCAAAUUUUGUGAAAUUUUCGAGAGAGAAAGUAGAGCUUUAAUGGCUUCGUCGAAACUACAGGCUCUCUGGAACCACCCUGCUGGCCCGAAAACGAUUCACUUCUGGGCUCCAACUUUCAAGUGGGGCAUCAGCAUUGCUAAUAUUGCAGAUUUUGCCAAGCCACCAGAGAAACUUUCAUACCCUCAACAAUUUGCUGUCACAGCCACUGGAAUUAUCUGGUCUCGUUACAGCAUGGUCAUCACCCCGAAAAACUGGAACCUUUUUAGUGUAAAUGUUGCAAUGGCUGGAACAGGAAUCUAUCAACUCUCCCGGAAAAUCCGGAACGAUUAUUUUAACGAAGAGGAGACUGCAACUGCAAUAAAGGAAUAAUGACGAAAAAAACUCAAUGCAAUUAAACAAAAUUUUAUGUCAC